CACAAUUCACAAUUAUUCAAAAAGAAGUGAUACUUUGAUGCGUUUCUGUAGUUGUCAAUCAUCAUCAUAGAAAGAAUGAGUGUGCAUAUAUUUUUGAAUGGCUGGCACAGGCAGGGCAAUGUUGGCUUUGAGUGCAAAACUUUUGACUUAAGCAAGAGUGCUAGUGAAUGAUCAUGUUUCAGUGCCAUUGAUAGCAAUCCGUUCCAACCCCUCCCUGUCAAAAACAACUGGACGUCGAUCGCCGUCAAUGGCUUUAAAUGAGUUAAGUUUAGAGCGGUUGUUGGAAUUGAAAAGUAGCACUUGAGCCUGCGCACCAUCUGUGGCUAUGUGGCCUGAUUUGGAGGACUUGAUGAUUGAUUGACAGACACUGACCAGAGCCAGUCAAAUAUUGUUACUCCGCUGACACGAUCGCUCAUAAAAAGACACGCAUACAAAGAAAAACUCACGCACCUCUACACAUAUAUGCUGAAGCACGUGAAGAAAACUAGUAAAAACACUUAGACGCACCAUCUGCUGAUUCAGUGACAGUGUUAUAUUAUAGUGAGCAGGACGAAGGUGUUGUCAGCAGGCAGGGGGCCGAGACAGGAAAGGUCUGCUUGCUCUCACAGGAUGAAGAUGAAGGUCACCGAUUGUUAUUGCGGUUGUAUACCAAAGAAGCAAUGGGUGACCUUUUUAAAGGACAGUGCCGACCUUGUGACGCAAAUGAAGGUCAGGUGGACCAAACUUGAAGUUGCCAGACUCCUGCUGACUUUGGCUCCCUUUGAAGGUCAUGUCACUAUCCGUCAAGGGCUUCGUGGGCGGCCAUGUUGCUUCGGACCUUUGCGAGAAGCUAAUGUUAGCGUUCUUUCUCAUUUACCCCUGUACUUACCCUCGAUCUUGUCACACACUUUUUCAUUGGCCUCCAACUUAAAGGAUUGCUUAAGAUCAGUUGAGCCAGUAGAUAAUUGAAAAUCAUUGCAUUGUGUGUGAGUGUUUUGGUCAUACAUGUGCAUUUAUAAGGCUGUGUUUGGCUUUUUUUGUGUUUCUUUGCAUGUUUGUGGAGAGAAUUCAGGACCUCGUAAUCGUUUUAGAUGAGUCAUCAGUCGGGUUGCCACGGUAACCUGUCUCUUGCCCCACCCCCUCUCCUUACUAUUGAUGGUUUGUCGCUACGGUGAUGAGGUUCAGCGGCGUGGGAUAUUUUCAGUGUGUACAAGCGUGACGCGGUCAUCUCUGACACCACGUGCGGCGCAGUUUAGCGCUAGUUGGCGGUAAUCCCUUAAUCCUAUUGGCCGACCUCCAGGUGCCGCUACCAGAAAUCGGCCAACGGCGCCACCUGUCAGUGAGGAGGCCCGACAACCAACAUCGAAUCGCCUUGAUGAGAUUUCGCCAGUACUCAUCUGCUUGUUUGUUUGCUUCUGUGAAUCAUCCACUUGUUGGCGUCAAAUCACAGAGAUAAAAUCUGUGCUCCCGAGUUUACACACAGGUCGGCGUGACAGUCACUUACUUACUUAGGGGAUCCAGAGUUGGAUUUCAAUUUUUAAAAAAAAUAAAAAUAAAAACAAAAAUAUACUUGCAUUGUCCCAUUCAGCCCAACUGCAUGAACUUAAAACGUUUCAAAGACAAAAAAAUUUUUAGGAGUCGACUGCAAUGAGAUCAAUAUUCAGUCAGUCGAUAUAUCGAUGCAGUGACGUUUAUUUUUUCGGCACAGUACAUAGUAGGUCCGCAACCUUUUUGCAACUUAUUGUUAGGGCUCCCUUCAAAUAAUUGUUUUGAUUGUCGAUUAAUCACCGAUUCGUUUUGAGAUGAGUUGACUAACCGACUUAUACAGUAUACAAAUCACGUUAUUUGCUGUUAGAUUACCCUGUGUUUUAUAUUUUAUCUGAAACUGUGCAUUGGAUUCAAUUCCAAAAAAAAUAUUCCCUUUUUCCCUAUUUUAUUUGUUUUUAUUCAAAAUAUAUUGAACAAAAAUACAGGGAGUCCUCAAAUUACGAACCAGUUCCGUUGUUACGCUAGUGACAUAAUCCAAAUUUCUGCGUAAAUCAGAUUUCACUGUAAAAGUCGAAAUAUAUGUCCAAAUACAUUGAAAUGAAAAAAAUAUUGCUGAGAGGUGGAUCGAGAGUUAGGGUUUUCAAUAGUUUAUUUGCAACAGACAGCAUGGAACACGACUACUGUAUGUUGUAGCUGACGCCAACAAAACCAACUCCUCCAUCCGUCCCCCUUUCACUCUAGUCAGACAUGUGGUACAUUGAAUUGAAUUGAAUUGAAUUGAAUUUAUUGUCAUUGUCAUCAUCAUCAUCAUCAUCAUCAAAAUCAAAAUCAUAAGGAAAGAAAGAAGAGAAGAAAAGAAAAGAAGGAAAUCAUCGCGUAAGUUUGUUUAUCCAAAGGAAAGACAAGAUGAAGACAGACAUGACAAGGGAGACGGAAAAAGCGGAAGCUUAUCGGGAACCCGUCCCCCUGCCACCUAGGUCGCACAAGCAGCAUGUUAUGUAUCAGUCCAGUGAUAGUCUAACACAUUUCGUUCAAAAGUCAUUGAUUGCCAUGGAGAUUUCGCAUAUAGUAAUUUGAGUGUAUUGUAUCAGUUCAUGUCCAAGUAGGUGAAGGGUGGGAAGGCCUGGGGUGCUUUGGAGGCUCGCAUGUGUAGUAUCCCCUGUAGGAGAUUUCUCGUCAUCUUCCCUUGCCAGGUUUAGGAGAUUAGUCAUCAUCACCCCUGGCCCGGUUGGCCCGAGCGAGUCUCUCAUGAUCACGCAGCUCCGCGUCAAUUUUUGUGGCCAGUCGUGCAGCGGCGUCACUUUGCGUUGCUUGCUCCUUCAUUAACAGUGCCAAUUCGUCGCCGUUGCGACGAGCAACCUCCAGUAUCUCAUGGAGUUGGUUCUUCAUCCUCAUCGAGAAGCGACGAACCCAGAGGGCACCAAGUAGCAGUAGGAAGGCAAGAGCCAACAGCGUGCCGAAGAUGUACAGGUCCUCGGCGUCCUCUAUCUGGAGGGACGUUAGGCAUAGCGGCCUCCAUUUACCCCAGGCGUCCUCCACAUAACCAGACGUGAAGGUGGUGGCUGGACACGGGCAUUGGGCCGAUGUAGGCCGCAUCGUAGAGAAUAUUCUAUCCAUCGAACUCAGAGCCCAGUCUACCAGUUCCAUAUUUGUCUCAGGAGGAAACUCAGCGUCUUCCUCAUCCCGUACCUGUUGAUCGUCUUUGUUGGCGGGGUGCCCAUCUUCUUCCUGGAGAUCUCGCUGGGUCAAUUCAUGAAGGCGGGAAGCAUCAACGUGUGGAACAUCGCGCCGCUAUUCAAAGGUCUGGGCUACGCGUCCAUGGUUAUCGUUUUUUUCUGUAACACAUACUACAUCAUGGUGCUGGCGUGGGCCUUUUACUACCUCAUCAAGUCGUUCAACGCCACGCUGCCGUGGUCCACGUGCGACAACCCCUGGAACACCAACUCCUGCGUGGAUGCUUUCAGCCUCCACCAGUGCAACAACGGCAGUGAUAACGUCACCUUCCCCGGCAGUAACCUCACCUGCGACCACAUCGCCCAGGCCAGAUCGCCCAUCAUUGAAUUCUGGGAGAACAAAGUUUUGAACAUCUCCUCGGGCUUAGAUGAGCCCGGUCAAAUCAACUGGGAGUUGAUGCUGUGUCUGAUGGCCGUGUGGCUGCUCAUCUAUUUCUGUGUGUGGAAAGGCGUCAAAUCUACUGGGAAGAUCGUGUACUUCACGGCCACCUUCCCAUAUGUGGUGUUGAUCAUCCUGCUUGUCCGUGGAGUAACGCUGCCUGGAGCGUACGACGGCAUCAUGUACUAUAUCAAACCAGACUGGUCCAAGCUGGAAGAGGCUCAGGUAUGGAUUGACGCCGGCACUCAGGUGUUUUUCUCGUACGCCAUCGGUCUAGGAGCGUUGACGGCUCUGGGAAGCUACAACCGCUUCAACAACGACUGCUACAAAGACGCCUUCUUACUGGCGCUGAUCAACAGCGGAACCAGCUUCUUUGCCGGCUUUGUGGUCUUCUCCAUUCUGGGCUUCAUGGCGGCCGAGCAGAACGUAGACAUUUCACAGGUCGCUGAGUCAGGUCCUGGUCUGGCGUUCAUCGCGUAUCCGAAGGCGGUCAGUUUGAUGCCGGUGGCGCCCUUGUGGGCCGGGCUCUUCUUCUUCAUGUUGCUGCUGCUUGGUCUGGACAGCCAGUUCGUUGGCGUGGAGGGUUUCGUGACGGGCAUCCUGGAUCUGUUCCCGGGUAAAUACGAACACCGCUACAAGAGGGAGAUCGCCGUCGCUCUCUGCUGUUUCCUGUGCUUCAUCAUUGACAUCUCCAUGGUAACACAGGGAGGAAUGUACGUGUUCCAGUUGUUUGACUACUACUCGGCCAGUGGGAUGACGCUGCUGUGGCAAGCCUUCUGGGAAUGCAUCGUGGUGGCCUGGGUCUAUGGUGCCGACCGCUUCAUGGACGACGUGGCUCGUAUGAUCGGCUACCGGCCCCUGCCUUGGAUGAAGUGGUGCUGGUCCUUCAUCACACCAUGCGUCUGCAUAGGCAUCUUCUUGUUCCACCUGGUCAACUACAAGGCAUUGACGUACAACAACACGUACGUAUACCCGUGGUGGGGCGAGGUGAUCGGCUGGUGUCUGGCGCUGUCGUCCAUGUUGUGCAUCCCGGUCAGUCUGGUCUACAAACUCUUCCGCGCUAAAGGCUCCUUCGCGCAGCGCUGGGCCCGCCUGACCAGCCCGGUGUGGGGAUGUCACCACCUAGAGUACAUGGCGCCCGACGUCAAGCCGCUCAACUCACUUUCACCUGCCAGCGAUGACAACAAAGUCAUCAUUUUUGAGAGCGUCAUGUGAACCCGAACCGUCGGCCUGCUCACUCGCACUUUAUCACGCCUGUCUUCCUGUCUGACCCGCCAAAAUCAAAACACUGUGAAGCAGAACCGGUUCCGGACCCUGAAUAUUCCAGCACCGGAAGAUAAAGAGUGGUUGUGCGCGUUGCCUUACGCUGUUGUCUUAAUGUUAUUUGUUCACCAGCCAAUCAGCAGACUUUAAUUGUGUUGAUUUGAACAGGAUGGAAAUCCAAUUAUCAUGCAGUAUUUUAUGAGCAUUUCUGAGCGGAGCUUUUAUUUUUAGCUUUAACGAUGACUAAAGGGAGUUUUGUUGUUGAAAUGUGUGGGCGGAAUGCUCUUCGUCAAAAUAGCCGUAGGAACCAAAAAAUAGAGACAUUUUUUUUUGCAAUUAUUAGAAAGAUUCUAAGCCAGGGGUGUCCAAACUGCUGCCCAGUUUUUGCUGGCCCACAGCAAAUAUGGAAACUAUUGAAUACGGCCCGCACAAGAAGCUUAAACAUAACCUACAUUGUUGCACUUCUCAGUUUUAACACUAGAUGGAGCUAGUCACUUAAACAGUGCCUCAGGGUCAAAACCUGACGUUGAAAUCAAUGUAGAAAACUAGUAUUUCAGUAUUUUAUUUCACAUUAACAAAAUCACAGUGGUACCUCGACAUACGAUCGCUUCGACGCACGAUCUUUUUGACAUAAGACAAUAUGAGCAUGGGGUGCGCAUCCAUGAACUACUUGACAAUACUCCAACGACCUCCGUCCACCAGUCUUUAUAAGUUAGGGUAACAAUUAUUAUUGUGGUACCAUCGCCAAAGAGAUCGCCAGCUCCGUCAGGUUUUUAAUCAUUUAUUUCAGAACUUGUGCAACACAACAUGCCAACUGUCCGUGGCAGUUGACGCCAACAGAACGUUAAAAAAAGUAAAAUCUUAACUGCACUCUCUUUCGUCAGCCACGCGGUGUGUUCAGGUACACCACGCAAAAUACAUCUGCUACAUUAGAACCCGAUUUGUUACAUUAUUACAGGUAUUAUUUUAUUAUUAUUCAGAUUUUUAGUCAUAAUUUUGCUCUUUGUAAUUGCUAUUUGCAAUAGUAACAGCAGUAUUAAGGAUUUAAUGUAGGUUUUCGGGCUGUGGAACAAAUUAAUGGAAUUAUAUUCUUAUGGGAAAAAUUUGCUUAACGUUCGACCAUUUCGACUUACAAAUGAGGUCCUGGAACGAAUUAACUUUGUAUGUAGAAGUACCACUGUAUUUAAAAAAUAAUAAUACAAUGAAAAAUAGAGGCAUCUUGGUUGUGAUUUUUGUUUUCUGUCGUUGGACAUUGUUCUGUGAUGUUUUUCAGUAGUGUAGAUAUAUACUUGCAAUGGCCUAAUACUUCUGGAUUAUUUUGGUACUUGUAGCCUUCAACUGCCAUCGACAAUUAAAGACAGCAAAUCAAUAUCUACUGGGAAGUGAUAUUUCACUACCAUUGAUGACAAUGGACGUCCAAUCCAAUUUGACUGGGACGCUGGCAGCGCUUGUUUGAUCAAAAUGGUUUGGGCAUCUAUCGCCGUCUCUGGCAGCCAAGAAGUUUGCAAUUAAAAAUACAUUUUAACCCUUUAUUGCCAAAUGUAUCACAUUUGAUACACCUAAAAUGUCAUGAUUUUGAGACUCAGAAUUUUAGCAUUUUUGAAAAAAAAGUGGAUGCAAGUCAACACAUGCAUCUGCAGGUUCCAUGAGGGAAAAAAAAACAGGAUUUAGCAAGUUAUAGAUAUUAGAGCGCUUAUUACUUGUAUUCAUUUUUUUUACAAAUUUAAAAAAAUUGUUUCACUUAUUUUUCAAAUUUUGGGAUUCUCUGAUAAUAAGUUAAAAACGACCUUUUUUUUUUUUUUACCUGAUGGUGAUCUCAAAUGAAAAUGGAAGCAUUUCAAUUUUUCUAAAAAGCGGCCCUCGGAGAAAAAGUUUGGGCACCCCUGUUCUAGGGUCUCUUCCAGAUGGGUCCACUUCAACACUGAAAAAAAGGAACUUUGUUAUUUGAAAUGUUGUUUUAUGUUCAAAGUGCUGACAUCUUUUCACUGAGUUGUUUUCUUUGCAGUAUUUUCUAAUUGGUAAAUUGUCUUCACUAGAACUGAAAAUGUAUCAAAAUGCAAAUUCUACUGUCCAUCAUUUCUUGAAACGUCAGUGUUUUGUUGUUGAUUUUCUGAAUCAUGCAAGUCAUAUGACCAGCAAGCGGCACUGAGGUUUAAAAAAAAAAAAAAAAAAAAAAAAAAACUUGACAUCUGCAAAUAUGAAACGAAAUGUGAAAAAUUCUGUACAUAAUGUGAUGUUUUACUGUGAAAGUGUGACUGACCAGAAGUGGUGUUUCACCAUCCCAUUUGUCAGGAACAGCAAUAAUGUUGCUGGGGCGUCAUUACCGAAAAGUGUCAACAAUGAAAAUCUAAUAAACAUUGAUUUUAUCCCAUUAACUCAAUUCCUAGCAAUAUUUAGUGCUUAUCAAGCCACGGCAAGUACUUUUGAUUAUACAAUUUUUGAUAUUGACCAUCAAAUUAACACAAACAAUAAACACAAGAUGUGAAUUUGGAAAUAGCUUUUGUGUUCUUUAAAAGUGAAAGAAUAUCCAACUGCUUAACAAUAAAACAUCCAUAUUUCCUUCAAAAGUGGGAGGCAGCCAUCUUGUCACCCUAACGUCACAUUACAGAUUUUAAAAAGUUGAGCGGUCUCUUGAAUUGGGAGCAGAACCAGUCCAGGCCAGAGUGCCACUUUCCUUCCCAAUAUGGCGCCGUUUGGCCACCGAGGUGGACGAAGGGCCAAAUAUAACUCAGUAUCCAUUCCAAGUCAGCGCUUUAAGGAACAAGAUCCUGGGGUGGAUGGCGGGAGGAGAGGGGACUAAAAAAGUACUUUCUAAAAGAAGCCCAGCAGCUGCCUUUCAACACCGCACAAGCCCUUUCCAUCCAAUACAUGCACAUGGAUUGUACACACGUUCUCACAAUGACACACGUACGGCCAGAAACAAGUUUGUGAUGAGUUUUGUAUUGGAGUUGACACACACACAAGUUGCAGUAUCCAUGGCAGCGUGACAAAUGAGUCACGCAAGAAAGCUUCACAUAAGCGAGGGUGGCUAAAUAGUCCUUCAGCAACGAGAAUGUGAGCUCUUACUUUGAAAGGAUUUUCAAAGACAAAACGAAACAAACGACGUGCUUAGAUGGCUACAGGAAGUCAACGUCCAUCUUCCCUCUCAGUCAGACUUCUUAUCACCGCUGGCCUGCGGACAAAUAAAAAGGAAGCAUUGAUGCAAGGCGUCAUGCGUGAUAGUCUUCCUUGUUGUGGCGUACCAGAAGUUUGCUGUGCUCUUCCAGCAGUCGGUCGUAUUCCAGCGUCAAGUUAGCGGCUUGCUUCUUCAUCGCCGUCACGUCGCCGUCGCUCUUCCGGAGUGCUGUGGACACACGUGUACUAUGAAGUACUACUUUCAUUUGGUGCCAACCUCAUUCACUGCCAUUGAUGGCUUUUGUCGUCACCUUUGUGAAGCUGGCCCCAGAUCAGACGCAAAUUUAUAUAAAAACGAUGUCAAUCGUUUGUGCUACAUUUGUGCUCUAAAAAGUUUCGUUUGUGCUGCUAUCGUUUUCAAGAUGUUUAGAAUUCUUUCAUAGAUCAAUCUGAGGUCAACCAGCACCCCAUUAUGAUUAAAAAUUACUAGAGCUGAAACGAAUACUCGAGCAACUCGAGUAACUCGAGUUUAAAAACUGAUCCGAGUAAUUUUAUUCACCUCGAGUAAUAGUUUAUUUUGACAGCUCUAAGCAUCACGUUUUGCUCGGACUACUUUUAAUGCGGGACAACGCGCUGAUUUCACGUGCGGAGAGGAAGAUGGGGGGGGAUUACUGCAGCCGAC